UCAACUGGAUUCACACUUUGGUAGUAGAAUUCCUUUGUUCCAUCCUAUUAUCAGCACCAAUUCAAAAAAUAUACCGGGGAUUCCCAUAAAGCCACAAAUAAUUCAUGCCGAUUAAGUACAACAAGAGUAAAAUUUUAGUUGAAUGCAGUCUUCUUUAACUAAAGUAUCAUGCCGGCAUUAACAUGUGUUAUUUGUUCAGAAGUUUAUAAAAAUGGUGAUGUGAUAUGCAGUACUUCCUGCGGUCACGUCUUCCAUCUUGAGUGUAUGGAUCAAUGGCAACGCCGGGAGACAAGCUGUCCACAAUGUAGAUUACGCAAUCCACAAACUCAUAGGUUAUACAUUGAUUUUGACGAAACUGCAACCGAUAUAAAAUAUAAUGAAAUUAAAGCCCAAUUGGAUACAACAGAGAAAUCUAGAAGCGAACUACAAUUUCAACUGGAUACAACUGAAAUCGAUUUUUCAAAUCUUCAAUUACUACUUUCUGAAUCUGAGGAAAAAGUGUUGGAACUCGAAUACAAAAAUGGUUUUUUGAAAGCCCAAAACGACAGCAGAGAGCAAGCACUUGCAAAAGCCACGGAAGAAUCCAAAGAGCUUUUAGUUACAAUAAAUAGUUUAGAGGACAGUCUUAAAGAAGUACAAUUGGAAAAGGAACAUUUACAAUUAAAAUUUGAAAAUAUUAGAGAGGCAAAUAAUAAGCUGGCAUCGUCGGUGGAACGCAAUGAAAGCUUUCUUGGAAAUAUCCGCAGACAGUACGAAGCAGUAGAAAGCGGACUUAAAAUAAAAAUAGAGAAGUUAAAUGAAGAAGUGUUUACAAAGGCCGCAUUGAUAGAACAGCUAGAGAAUAGAAUACGAGAGCAUGGAAGCAAUAGCCAGAACACCCAAACAUAUUCAGACCAACGUAACAAUACUACUGAAAUGAUCAUAAAUAAACUAAAAAUUGAAAGAGAACUUGAACAAAGUUUGGAUAAAAUUGUCGAGUUGGAGAACAAUCACAUCAGAGAAAAAGAAGUUUUAAACUUGAAAAUUGAAAGUUUAAAAGCCGAUAACGAGAGAAAGGAUACUGAGAUUGCAAAUAGAAAGGAAGAACAUGCGCAGAUGUUUACCCGGCUUAGUUCAUUGAGUUCAAAAGCAACAGAAAUGGCACUUCGUAAACGAAUUGAACUUUUAAAAACUAAGUUGGAAGAAACACGUUGUGAACUUGAGAACACACUAAAAAAUUCUGCUGAAAUGAAUCUUGUGAUCUCAAAGUUAAAAGCUGACAGUAAGCUUGUAAAGAGCGUCAACUCCAGUGUAGUUAACAAUUAUACUGCAAUCCAACCACAAAGCACCAUUGCGUCGUCAACGAACCCAAUCGUAGAGAAAUCUAAUGAAAACACAAGUGUUGUUAUUAGAGGUAUUCCUGACAGCGACAUUAAAAAUCCAUUGGCUGAUACAGUGUUGAUGUUUACAGAUAAGAUGGAAUUGCCCUGUACAGCUGCAGAUAUUAAAGAUGUAUUCAAAUUAAACAAUGUAUUCAGAAUGCGAAAUAAUCUUCACCAAGAUAAAACAACUUUACUUGUAACUUUUACAACUCUUAAUAUGAAAAUAAAGUUUUUGGUAAACAAGUCAAAGCUGAGAAAUAGGUCUAUAAUCAUUUCAGCAUAUGUUGAUAAUGAAACCAACGAUCUUUUUCAUUAUGCAAAAUUAUUAAAACCCUUAGGUUACCAUAUUUUUUGCAAAAAUAAUAUGGUAAUCGCUCGAGAUAGGAAUCAUGGAGAAAUAAAAAUAAACACUAAAAUGGAAGUUGAUAAUAUGAUCAAACAAUCAAAUCAACAAAUAAGCGAUAAUCAGAAAAUUUCAUUAACGGGAGCUAAACAAGAAAAUGUAAUACACAAAAGUGAUGCAAAAGAAAAUGAACAACUCUCUGCUGAAGAAUGUGAUGAUCAAUUCUAUCGCAACUAAAAUAUGAAUUAUAAUACGUACGUACAUAUUUAAGUAUACAGAGUAUAUACAAUUACGUACAAGUAACUUAUCAAAUACUAUGUACAUAACCAAAAAUGGUGCCAAAUUGUCCAGAGGGCGUUAAUUUUAGUAUACCGAUUAUUAAACAAAAACAAUUUGUUACAAUAAACUUUUACUUUUCCUAUAUGUAUGUUAAUUUUGUACUAUGAAGUCUAAAAUAAAUGUUUAAAUAAACUGUA